AUAUAAAGAAUGAGAGUUAAAAGUAGGAGAUAAAUGUGAGCGAGUCAUUCGUGUCUCUCCAUAUAUAAAUACAUAUAACUUCUGAAAGCUUUGCUUUGCCUUCAUCAUUGCUUUAUUCACCUUUCUGCUUUCUCAUUCCCCUUUCUUUUUUCUUCUUCUUCUUCUUCUCUUAAACCACCAGGCAUUAUUGAGAUGGAAACUUUCCUCUUCACCUCAGAAUCCGUUAACGAAGGGCAUCCGGACAAGUUGUGUGACCAGGUUUCAGAUGCCAUCCUGGAUGCAUGCUUGGAGCAAGACCCAGACAGCAAGGUGGCGUGUGAAACCUGUACAAAAACUAACAUGGUUAUGGUGUUUGGUGAGAUAACAACCAAGGCCAAUGUGAACUACGAGAAAAUAGUUCGAGAUACUUGCAGAGGCAUUGGGUUCGUGUCGGCGGAUGUUGGUCUUGAUGCUGACAAUUGCAAAGUUCUGGUCAACAUUGAGCAGCAGAGUCCUGAUAUUGCUCAAGGAGUUCAUGGUCACUUGACCAAAAAGCCAGAGGAAAUUGGUGCUGGUGACCAAGGCCACAUGUUUGGUUAUGCCACAGACGAAACACCGGAGCUAAUGCCACUCACUCAUGUGCUUGCUACUAAACUUGGUGCCAAGCUCACUGAAGUGAGAAAGAACAAAACAUGUCCCUGGCUGAGGCCAGAUGGUAAAACCCAAGUGACAGUUGAGUACAAAAACGAUAAUGGAGCCAUGGUCCCUAUCAGGGUCCACACAGUCCUCAUCUCAACUCAGCAUGAUGAAACUGUCACAAAUGAGCAAAUUGCUGAAGAUUUGAAAGAGAAAGUGAUCAAACCCGUCAUCUCAGCCAAAUAUAUAGAUGACAAAACUAUCUUCCACCUCAACCCCUCUGGUAGGUUUGUCAUUGGUGGACCACAUGGAGAUGCAGGACUCACUGGAAGGAAGAUCAUUAUAGACACCUAUGGCGGUUGGGGUGCUCAUGGCGGCGGUGCCUUCUCCGGCAAGGACCCAACCAAGGUUGAUAGGAGUGGCGCAUACAUUGUCAGGCAAGCAGCCAAGAGUGUGGUAGCUUCAGGACUUGCUCGACGUUGUAUUGUGCAGGUUUCUUAUGCAAUUGGAGUCCCAGAGCCCCUUUCAGUGUUUGUGGACACAUACAAAACGGGAAAGAUUCCAGACAAGGAUAUCUUGGCUCUGAUCAAGGAGAAGUUUGACUUCAGGCCAGGAAUGAUUGCCAUCAAUCUUGAUCUCAUGAGAGGAGGCAACUGCAGGUACCAGAAAACUGCUGCUUAUGGGCAUUUUGGACGUGAUGAUCCUGAUUUCACUUGGGAGACCGUGAAAAUCCUCAAGCCAAAUGCAUAAGUUAGUUAGCCACCUACGAUCGAAUUCGUUGCUACUUGUGCCUAUCAUCGUAGCCAUCUUUCAGAUUUUGGAUAAAAGGAAAAUAAAGAAGCUUCGUUGCGUACAUCUCUAAUUGAAGAUACGUUUCACACUUUGGACUAGAAAAGGGAGGGAGAUAUCUUUCUUCAUUUUUGGGUGUUUGGUGUAAACUAGGGUGUUAGUUAAUUGUUUACUUCGUGGAAACCACGAUUUCCUUAAAUAUGUUUUUAAUAUGUUCUUAUAAAACAAUUUUUUCUAUAUAAUGAACAAAUUUUAGUUUUAGUCA